UGUACCCUCUAAUAAACUGUGCACAAUAGACCAGUUGACAGUGCCGUCACACACACCAGCAAAGUUUCCUUGAUCCACAGAUUCUUCAUCACAAGAGUCUCUUGGUAUACAUAAGUCGCUUGGUAUAUAUUCCACACAGUUUUAACGAUGGGUAUCAUCAGCAAAAUAAGAACUCCAUCAAAGAAUCAUUUCAUUUUGUUACUGUUGUGUGCUGUCAUAAGCUAUCUCAUUCGAUCAAGAGACUCGUAUGAACUAAGGCCAGUGUGGCGCAAACGGGCGGAAUAUCAUCAUUUUGAGAACAAGAAAUACCCUGUGAAAUCUGAACAACUGCCCCCACCAGUUAUCACAGAUCUAGAUAGUGAUGGAAUUAAUGAAGUUAUAUUAGUGACAAAUGACCUGAAGCUGAGCGUUAUGACCCUGCCUGAUGCAGUGAAAAAAGAUGAGGAAGAUAAAACUCUGCCGCAUGUGUCAGUUAAGCACAAGGCGGUGUUGCCCCAGGCAACCAAUGGGGGACAGGACCAACCCUCGGGAUGGCCGGUGGUCAUGGUUACUGGAUUUACAGAGCCAUACUUAUCAAUGGUACAAGUGAGACAUCAGGUCAUUGUAAUAGUCACCAACACAUGGUGGGUGUUCUGUUACUCGUCUGACCUGAAGCUUCUCUGGCAGCGACAGCUACUCGACUUCAAGGAGCAGUUUGAUAACUACUACGUCAAGUCCAUGGGCGCCCACGUCACCUCGCAGUCCGUGAAAAAGUCUGAUGGGGGUCUGAUCAUUGUUGGGGGCAGCUACGCUCACAAGCAACACCUCGAGACAGAAGAGAAGGAAAUAAACAAGGAUGGCAAUGCCACAGAUUCGUCUCACAAGGAACACAGUGUUGAUGAGAACACGUACACCCACUUCUCAACAUUUGCCCUGGCUGGGCGGGACGGCACCACACGCUGGCACCAUCUGCCAGGGGAGUUUGGAGAAGAAGAGACAAAACAUGAGGAGCAGGGUCAGGAGCAUCACUGGAAGUUGACGUUAAAACGGCAUCGGCUACACGUGGGAGAGUCGCCCUGGACCUACUACAAGAAUGAGCUCUACAAAGCCUUGCCCCACAACUGGCGUGAUGUAAAGGACACAAGAUUCACUCUGGGUCGAUACCAGAAGGUGGUGGAUGAGGGAAUGUACCGGGAGGGGGAGGAGGAGAGUGGGGCACAGUCCCCAACCCCUGCAGCACUGGACCCUAAACAUGUGAUAGGAUAUGCCUACGGUGGCCAGAGACCACACAGCCACUCCGAACACGUGACUAAUGCCAACGCAGUGGUCAUUAACCACCAGAAUGGGGUCGAGGUCCUGAACCUGCUAACUGGUCGACCAAUCACCCGCCUCCAGCUUCCCGACGAUGGGGCGGUGUACGGGACCCUUGACGCAGAAAAUGACAUCAAGAAACUGUCGUGGGGCGAGCAGGAGAGGUACAGCCCGUGUUUCCUGGAGAUCCAGCGACUGUUUCCCAUCAAGGAGCAGCUGGAACGGUUCCCGGUGUGCAUGACCAAGCGGCUGUUCUUCACCACAAACUGGGUGUACGAUGAGGACAUGUUUGUUAAGUUGCCACCACUGGUUAUAAAAAGUGUGGCGAGGAAGUCUGGAAUCAUCCGUCAUCUCCUCGGUCACCAUCUGCGUAAGGAGACAGAUGCCUACGACCUUAUAGCUAUCGGGAGUCUAGGACGCGUGUCUUCUGUCGACAAGAACGGGGACUUUAACUGGCAGACGCAGACUUCAGCCUCCUGGGACGGGGUUGCGCUGGUAGUUCGGCAGAUGAAGAAAUCUGAUUGGACGGAGCAGUCCCAUGAGUUUCUCAACUCGUUCCACCCUGACAGAGUCCUUAUGCCCCUCCAGCUGUAUGGAGACAAGGUGAACCUGAUUCUGGUUGGCUGGUCCUCUGUCAGCCUGAUAGAGCUCACCGAAGGACGUGUGCUGGCCGAGCAUUCUACCCCCUGCCCCUCCACCGGGCCCCUUGUGGUCGGAGACUUCAACAAUGACGGCUACAAUGAUGUGAUCUUCACAUGCAAGUUUGGGUACAUUGGGUUUUCCUUACAUCGCCGUGCCAACCACACAUACACAGUGAUGUAUGGUGUAUCUGUGUUCCUCGUCAUUCUAGUCAUUGGCUGGAUACUCUCCCCUGAGAGACGUUACCACCGCACCAGUGACAGUGAUGAUGAUGACUCCACUUGAUGGAAUACAAUUAUAUUUAGUGAAUUUAAUGAAUUUGUCGAAUUGAAGAUUGAUGAUUUUGGAUACUGACAGUAAACUGGAUAAGGUUAGGAUGCAAAUAUUUUCCAUCUCAAAGUCUUGUCCAGAAAUAUUUAUUAUCAAUACACGUGUGUGGUCAGACAUUGAGUGGUGGCGAUGCAUUGUCAGAAUGAAUACAGGUAUCUGGUGUUACCAUAAGCUGCUCAAAUUUGUGGAAGGUAGAGGGCGCGAUUGGUGCUGACAUAGAGAUAUUAUUGUUUAUUGCUGUUAUUGUGCAUAUAUCCCAUUGUUGAUAGCAGUGAUAACUGCAUGAAAUAGUAGAAAAUAGUUUUCUACAAGCAUCAUUUUGUGGUUAUGAACUGUGUAUGAUGAUGCCUGAGAAAUGUCUCCAUAAUUUGGCUCUUAACAGGAUUGUGUGUGUUUGUCAGUUGAUGACUUGCUAGUGGUGAUGUGAGUGAAUUCAGGGUGUGUUUGUCAGUUGAUGACUUGCUAAUUUUUGGGGGAGCGUAUAGUCGCUGCUUGGUCUGUCCGUCUGUCCGUGCACAAUUUUUGUCCGGGCUAUUUCUCAGCAAUAAAUGACCGGAAUUCAACUAAACUUUAUGGGAAGCUUCACUACCAAGAGGAGAUGUGCAUAUUAUCAGCUGGUUCUGGUCGGAUGAUUUUUCACAGAGUAAUGGCCCUUUGAAAUUUUCUAUAAACUGUACAUAUAGUGCAAUUCUUGUCCCCCCAACUACUAGACGUUUCCUUUUAUCUGAAUAUUUAGUGAGAUAUUGUGACAAAAAAACAA